AUGGAUCGUGGUGUAAUUAGGUACUUUUGGGAAACAUGGGAAGGUGACCUUGUGGAUGAUCAAAUACCAGACGACUACGAAGAUGAAACUAUUGAUGACCCUUGUUCACAGGUUCAAUUUCGUUGUUGCCAUGGUUUGAUCGAUUGGCAGCAACCUGAUUCUAUCGAGCUGGCUGCACUAUUGGAGCAAAAACUGUUCCACCAAUCCCCCUCUUUCACCCCGUUUGGGCACGAAGUCCCCCAAUCGAUCAUGAUCCAGUGCAAGUGUGACAUCGUGAACUUUACCGAGGCUUUGCUCAGAGAUGAAGGCGACAUGAACCAAACCAAGUUGCUGAUUGUUGUCAAGUUUGGAGCAUUCAUGACAACGAGAUAUAAUGAUGACGAUGAUAGUGAGACAGAUGAGGAGGAUAUAGAUGGAUGGAUGGAAAUUGACGAUCAAAUCAGAUUUGUCCCAGCUAGCAAGUCAAGCAUUGAAGCAGCCUUGAAGAACGUUUCUGGUUUGGGCAACAACAGUGAAUGUGCGAUUUGCCUUGAAAAGAUAAAGGGCGAGGAAUUAGCUAAGAGCAUGCCCUGCGGUCAUGUGUACCAUGGAGACUGCAUUGUUGAAUGGCUGGAGACGAGUCACUUGUGUCCAUUGUGUCGCUAUGCCAUGCCAAUUGAUGAAUCCCAUUAA